GUCACACUGAUGAAGCGCGUCUCCUGACCCUGACAGCCCAAACCUUCCCUCCGUAAAAGCACGAAAUGCCUGCAAACACCUGGCUGGAUUUCGCGGAGGCGGUCUGUUCUCCGUCUUCCUUUUACGCUCCGUCUCAGCGUUGCUUUUGCUAGGAACGCGAUGUCCUGGAUGCGUUUUCUCCAGUGACGCUGAAGUGAAGCGCAGUUUGCUGAAGCCAUGUGAAGAGCGGACAUGUCUCUUGUCGGGAGCAUCGGAGGCAAAACCCGAGUCCAGUAGAGGGAACAGUGUUCGCGCUUUAUUGGAGAGCAAAAAGAUCCUUCCAUGAGGAGACGAAGAGAGAAGAGAUGGUAGAGAAUGGCUGCACCUGACCUUCUUGACCCAAAGGCUGCCGCCCACAACUCCAAGCCUCGCCUGUCGUUUUCAACCAAACCAGUGGUGCUGACCACCCCAGAGGACGAGUGCGACACUCGGACUACGGUCAUGAGGUGGAAGACCGUAUCAGCUAUCUUUUUCCUGGUGGUGCUGUACCUUAUCAUCGGGGCAACAGUGUUCAGAGCACUUGAACAGCCUCACGAGAGCUCCCAGAAACUGGCCAUUCUUACUCAAAAAUUGGACUUCUUGGUUGCGCAUGCAUGUGUAAACUCCUCAGAGCUGGAAGAGCUGGUCCGGCAAGUGGUUAUAGCAAUUCGAGAAGGUGUGAACCCUUCAGGAAAUUCAUCCAAUCAGACGAGCCUCUGGGACAUGAGUUCCUCCUUUUUCUUUGCUGGGACUGUUAUCACCACCAUCGGAUUUGGGAACAUCUCUCCUCACACAGAAGGUGGGCGGAUCUUCUGUAUAAUCUAUGCCCUGCUGGGGAUUCCCCUAUUUGGAUUCUUACUGGCUGGUGUCGGGGACCAGUUGGGAACUAUUUUUGGGAAGGGCAUCGCCAAAGUAGAGAAGAUGAUCGUGAAGUGGAAAGUCAGCCAGACAAAGAUUCGCGUCAUCUCCACCCUGCUCUUCAUCCUGUUCGGUUGCCUCAUCUUCGUGGCCCUGCCAGCCGUCAUCUUCAAGCACAUCGAAGAGUGGAGCACUCUCGAGUCCAUCUACUUUGUCGUCAUCACGCUCACCACCAUCGGCUUUGGAGACUUUGUCGCUGGAGAAAAAGGUGGGUUUGAGAAACCAGAAUACCUUGAUUACUAUAAACCCGUGGUGCUCUUCUGGAUUUUGGUGGGCUUGGCAUACUUUGCUGCAGUACUAAGUAUGAUCGGAGACUGGUUUCGGGUCAUCUCCAAGAAAACUAAAGAAGAGGUUGGGGAGUUUCGUGCACAUGCAGCAGAAUGGACUGCAAAUGUGUCAGCAGAGUUCAAAGAGACCCGCAGGCGACUCAGUGUUGACAUUUAUGACAAGUUUCAGCGUGCUGCAUCCAUCAAGCGCAAGCUGUCAUCUGAGCUGGGUAUUAAUGCGUCCAUCAACCAGGAAAUGACCCCUGGCAAGAGGACGCUGUCAGCUAACUUUUGUGAGGACAGAGAGGGUUAUCCCACAGUGAAUCUUUCCCUCAGUCCUGUCCCGGGGGCCCUGGCGAGGAACGGCAGCCUUUAUCUAAACGGCCUCAGCCCAGAAUACGCCGACCGACAGGAGAUCGCCAUCAUCGAAAACCUCAAAUGAGGAACAGCGUGAAUAAUAAGAUUUGGGGAGCUGUGUAAAAUACAUCUAGCCACUGACAGAGAUUACAGAUACAAACAUGCUUUUGUGUUAAUUCACAGAGCAUCGCUGAUGAGAUACCCAAACACAUUUGUUAAGUAGACUGUGUUCCAACCAUCCCAUAAAUCAGUCAUGAAGCCAUGUACCUUCAUGUGUGUGAGCCUCACACAUAAAAACACACAGUUUGGAUUUAGUCUGUGAAAGAAGUCUGAAGACUUUGUUACCAUCAACGUGACUGACUGACUGCUGUGCUAGUGACUGAGCCAAAUCAAAAAAAAAAAAAUUGUUCCAGACUGGAACAAAUGAUUGUAUUGGAGGCAUGAGCUUGAAGAAAAAAAAGAAAACUUCUCCUGAGCAGAGGAAGGAAAUGAAAACCCUGUACUGAGGUAGCAACACACUGGGCAUCCUGUCCUCCUACCCCCUGCAAUCAAAGAGACCAAUAAAUUCAUCAAACUUCGGAAGCAAUAGACGUAUCUGUGCAAAGCUCCUGCUGAAUUUUUCAGAGGCCCUGAAAUCUGCAUCAGAUCGAGAGGAUCCUCACUGAUAAAAACACUGCAUCAUCAACAAUGAACACAUGUUCUCUACAAGGCAGCAGCUCUGUGCUAACACAAAGGAAUGUCCCUCUUUCUUUUGCAUUACGCUUGUUACAGCAUGAAUUUAUAUGCCUCGCAUCUGCCGGUCAGUCUGCCCUCGCUAUAGAGAUGAAUGUUGACAUAUUAGUUCCUUUGUGACUGACAUUCAGUUUCUCAUUAUGAGGAAUAUUCCACUCGUGCCUUACUAAAAAGUAUACUGAACCUUUGAGGAUGACGGCGUGUGAGAGACUGAGCAGCACUUGCGCGAGCUCUCAUACUUCUUAUUUUUAAGAACAGCAGUGAUAAAGAUGUAUUUGGGAUGUGUCUUGGAAAAUAUUUUUUUUCUUUGACUUGAGGAACUUACAGUUUGCAUGACAAGGGAGGAGAAAGCAUUUUGAGAUAUAUUUGAUUAUUUCAGGUAACAUUUGAGAAAAGGUCACCGCUCUAUCACUGUCUUAGUUUUUUUUUUUCUUUAACCAUCUUAAUGUGCCGACAGUUACAUUAACCACAGUGCCAGGCUUUCUGAUCAAACCCUCUAACUCAGGGGUGUCAAACUCCAGGCCUCAAGGGCCGGUGUCCUGCAGGUUUUAGAUAUCACCCUGGGUCAACGCACCUGAAUCAAAUGAUUAGUUUAUUACCAGGCCUCUGGAAAACU